UUGGCUCCGCGGGAACCCCCCGGGCUUCUCGGCAUUACGGGCCAAUACUAUUGCCCCGAGAUUUGAUCUCAGGUCCGGUUUCUCAAGUAGUUGUGGUUAAAAGGUGCAUUGUAGUCUGUCGUAAGGAAACGACCGAGAUAAAAAUCUGCGACCAACCUCCUCAAAUCCAUCAUGCUAUUCCUUAUCGUUGGGAUAUCUGGCAACUUGGGCCUGAAGCUGGCCGAUGCACUCAUUCGACGAGGCCACCAGGUCCGUGGUGCAUCAAGGUCCAAGUCCUCCAUUCCCGAGAGGGAUCUGGCGAGGUUGGAGAGUUAUUAUCAGACCAGGACUUGGUAUGAUACGGACACUCUCAGACAAGCCGUUCGAGGCGUGGACACGGUCGUUUGCGCAUACACCCCGAUUCCAAGUCUAGCCUUGGAGGCGGAGCUACUUCUCGUCCGAAUUAUGGAAGAAGAGGGCGUCACGCGGUUCGUCCCAUCUGCCUGGAAUCUGGAUUGGUCUCAGCUUGAAUGGGGCCAGGUGCCCUAUUAUGACGUCUUUCUUGCCCUCAAGCGCCAACUGGAGCUCUCAUCUACUGUGAAGCCACUUUACAUCUUUGUUGGAAUCUUGUGUGAGGUGUUCUUCUCCGUCCCAGGCCACGGAGGAUUUGCACCUGCGAACCAAGGCGUGUGGGAUCCUGUGCCCAAGAGAGCCAUGGUAUGGGGAUCUGGACAUGAAAAGUGGCAAAUCACGACGGAGCGUGACGCAGCUGAGUUCACGGCGGAGCUUAUCCAGGACCUCUCUAACGAACCCGGGAUCUACAGAUUCUGCAGCUUCGAGAAAAGCACAAGGGAGAUGGCGGAAGCCUACGAAAACGCUCGCGGUGUUAAGGUGACAAUCGACACCGCUGGAAAUUUGGAGGACUUGAAGGUCGUCGCGGCAAAUGCAGUGGAGAAGUUGGGACUGCAGAGAUCAUGGGAGUGGAUGGGAUACUUCUAUCAAAUCUACCAGCUGAAUGGAACCUUCCAUAUGAGAAAGCUAGACAACGACCGCUACACAGCUGUCAACGCGACCUCCUUGGAAAGGUUCCUGGAGCUCAAUCCCCAAAUCUAGUUUGAUAAGCGUUGUACUCGGGGAAUCCGGUGAAACUUUAACUUGGUCGUUUUAAGUUCCUCAUUUAGUUUACACUUUGCCUUGAAGGAUUUCAUUUUAGCUAAAGCCCUCACCUUUUAUGGAAUAUUUAGAGUAGUUCAGUCAUUACCUAAUGCGCACCAUCCACUCUACUAUCUAUUGCCUGUUGGAUUCAUAAAGAGAAUUAUGUUAUUCUGGGAUUCGUACUCUUCCUCUCAAUCACGUUAAGCUGAUGUAUCCUGAUUGCUAGCAGCAUUGCUGUUGGUGGUCUUGUCUUGCCUGCCAUAUCUCUCUUGUGCGUCGACCUGUCCGUGACGACCGGCGUGCCUUCAGCGUCCCCUCUUUAGUAUAUAGCUGCCUAGGUUUCCAAACUACCCCUUCAAAUGAGAAUGUAAUCCUUGUGAAGAGAAAUUAAUGGUCUAAUGAUUUAAAUUUGCAUAAAGGGAUAGUAGGAUAAAGUCCACGGCGAGGGAGUCUACCAACGCAU